AAAGAGGAAACAUUUCAAGAAAAAUCAAAUAAAAAGCAAGUAUAAAAUAGAACUAUUUUUAAUUAAAUCAAGGCAAUUAAUAAUCAAUAAAUAUUAUUUAAAACUGCUUAUUAAACACUCAUGUUGAAUAUUACCACAAAGGUUUAAAGAGCCUUCUCCAUGAAAGCUCUUUGCGAUUAAUACAAAUAACUUUCAUUAAACUAAAAUACACAAUAAACAAAAUUUCAAUUCGGAACUAUGACUUCUUAGAUACUUGAGUCUAAUAAGUAAUAAUCUAUAAUAAUCAAUAAAUAAUAGCAAUUAAGACUCAAUAGCUCCAGGACUUAACACUCUUUCAGAUUAUCUCUCUAAUAAAAGGAUAAACAUUUUUCCAGUCUCUUCUUCAAAAGUUAAAACACAUUUUUCACUUCUGUGUUUGCUAAUAACAAAAUCUAAAAGCGUAUUAGCUUGAUUGAGUAGGAAAUUGAGAGUAAUAUGGAUAGUAUGAAUGCAUAAGAAUUGUUAGAUAAAAUUACUGAAUUAAUUAAUUUAAAGACUGAAUUUCACCAAGAUAGCUAAUACUUAGGAUACAUUUCAGAUUUGUAAAAGAAAUCAAAUGCUCUCUACUCGUUGCGCAAGACAGACUAAGCUCUCUCUAUCUUAAAAUAAAUAGAAACAUAAGUUGAAAAUACUUUAGCAUCAGGAGUAAAUCUUAAAAGUGUGUAGGAUAAAAAGUAAGAGACUAUUAACUUAAAAAUUGAAUAUGCAAAUACAAUUCUAAUGCGUGCUUAGAUGCAAGAUAUGUAUCACAACGAAUAAGAAGCUAGCUAGGCAAUUUAAGACUGCUUGAAGGCUAUAAAAAUACUAGAAGAGACAAAAUAAGCUGAAAGUGAUCACAUGGUUGUUGCCUAACAAACUCUUGGUGAAACUUUUUAUAAGUUAGGUUACAUUAAAGAGUCUGCAUAAUCCAUAGAAAAAGCAGCUUUCCUUCUUGAAUAACUUAUUUCUGAAAUAUAGGAAAAAUAAAAUAGUAAGUAAUCUAAGCAUAAUGAAUAAGAAAACGAGUAAAAUAUGCGCCAUCUCACAUUAAGAUAAGCUAUCUUAUUUGAAACUUUAGGAAAUUUGCAUUUUGAUUUACGUAACAUGCAAUAAGCAGAAAUGUUUUUCACUGCUUCUUUAAAUUUAUGGGAGAAUAAGAUACAAAAUAAGAAUUAAAACAACUUAAACUCUCUUGAUGAGUUAGUUUAGUAAUCCACCUAACAUAACAUAGAAAAUUCAAAAAGAAAUAUCCACCCAUUACAUAUGAGAUGCCUGAAUAGUAUUGGUACUUUUUACAGCACUAGCGGCUAAACAAUAAAAGCUCUGUAAGUGCUUAGUAAUGCAAAGAAAUACAUGCACUCUGCCAAUAUAGAAAAUGCUGAUAACUACUCGUGGGUUUUACUCAAUAUGGCUAAAUCUUAUUACAAGUAGUAAUAGUAUGGAACAUCAUUCGAACUAACCCUUGAAUCAGAAUAAGUUGCUCGUUAAUUCUAAAUUUCAGUAAUAAAUCUAGCUUAAAUUCUUGAACAUAAGAGCUCUCUUCUCACUAUGUAAGCAAAGCAUAAAGAGUCAGAAGAAACAAUAAAUGAGGCUUUAAGUCUAUUUAAAGAAAACAGCUAAGAACCAAUCUACUGUCGUUUACUAUUUUCAAGAGGUAUGCAAUGCAUCUAAAAUGAAUAAUUUGAGAAAGCAAUAGAAUAUGCUUAAAAGAGUAAACAUUUAGUUGAAACCAUUCGUGGAGAAAACGACGAACAAGUUGGUGAUGCUUUGAGAAUUAUGGGUAUGGCAUACUGCUCAAUAUCUUUUAGGAUCAGCAAUAAGACCUCUGAAAAGGAAGAUACAUUUAAUUAUGGAAUAAUGUGUUUAGAAAAAGCCAUUCAAAUUUUUUCAAUCAACCAUGAAACCAGACUUUAAGAUCAAGAAGCUAUACUAGGAGAUUUAGCAAAUAUCUACGAAUAUACAAAUAAUUGGAAAAAGGCAAUUAUGUCUUAUGAGUAAUAAAGAUCAGUCAGAAUAUAAAUUCUUGAAAGUGUUGGAUUACCUGCUAAUACAGAUUAAAUAAUAACAUUAAUUGAUGAAAAAAUAUAGUAAUUAUAUGCCAAAAAAAAUAAAUCUCAGGCUAAAUGA